UCUCUCUCUCUUUCUCUCACUCUAUCCCUCCCUACUCUGUUUCAAAACAGAGCACACAGAACAUAGUGAGAUGGGAACAAUGAUGGUGAUGAUGGGUCUUCUUGUUAUCCUCGUCUCUCUCUGUUCUGCUCUUCUCCGAUGGAAUCAGAUGCGAUAUACCAAGAAUGGUCUCCCUCCUGGAACCAUGGGCUGGCCAAUCUUUGGUGAAACCACCGAGUUCCUCAAACAAGGCCCUAACUUCAUGAGAAACCAAAGACUCCGAUAUGGGAGUUUCUUCAAGUCUCAUCUUCUUGGUUGUCCAACGUUAAUCUCAAUGGACUCAGAAGUAAACAGAUACAUUUUAAAGAACGAAUCAAAAGGUUUGGUUCCUGGUUACCCACAAUCUAUGCUUGAUAUUCUUGGGACUUGUAACAUGGCUGCGGUUCACGGUUCGAGCCACCGGCUUAUGAGAGGCUCGCUUCUUUCUCUUAUAAGCUCGACCAUGAUGAGAGAUCACAUCUUGCCUAAGGUCGAUCACUUCAUGAGAAGCUAUCUUGGUCAGUGGAAUGAGAUUGAAGAUAUUGAUAUCCAAGAUAAAACCAAACAUAUGGCAUUUUUAUCUUCACUGACACAAAUAGCUGAAAAUUUAAGAAAACCAUUCGUUGAAGAGUUCAAAACUGAGUUCUUCAAGCUUGUUGUUGGAACUUUAUCGGUUCCAAUCGAUCUCCCCGGCACGAAUUAUCGUUGCGGAAUCCAAGCAAGAAAGAACAUUGAUAGGUUGCUGAGAGAGCUGAUGCAAGAACGCAGAGAUUCUGGAGAAACUUUCACAGAUAUGUUAGGUUACUUGAUGAAGAAGGAAGAUAACCGAUACCCGUUAACCGAUGAAGAAAUAAGAGACCAAGUCGUCACGAUUUUGUAUUCGGGUUACGAAACUGUUUCAACGACUUCUAUGAUGGCUCUUAAGUACCUUCAUGAUCACCCUAAAGCUCUCCAAGAACUCAGAACAGAGCAUAUGGCUUUAAGGGAAAGAAAACGACCAGACGAACCACUCGGUCUUGAGGAUGUGAAGUCAAUGAAGUUCACUCGAGCUGUUAUUUUUGAGACAUCAAGAUUAGCAACGAUCGUUAAUGGGGUCCUAAGGAAAACUACUCGUGACUUGGAAAUCAAUGGUUAUUUAAUCCCUAAAGGAUGGAGAAUUUAUGUGUACACGAGGGAGAUUAACUAUGAUGCAAAUCUUUAUGAAGACCCAUUGAUCUUUAAUCCAUGGAGAUGGAUGAAGAAGAGCUUGGAGUCACAAAACUCAUGCUUUGUGUUUGGUGGAGGUACAAGGCUUUGUCCUGGUAAGGAACUAGGGAUUGUCGAGAUCUCGAGCUUCCUCCAUUACUUUGUUACAAGAUACAAAUGGGAGGAAGUAGGAGGGGAUGAAUUAUUGGUAUUUCCAAGAGUUUUUGCACCAAAAGGCUUCCACCUUAAGAUUUCACCCUACUAAUUUUAUAACAUUUUUAUAUGUAAAUAACCCCUAGAAAAAUAAUUAUAGAAGAAGCAUAUGAAGACAUAAGAAGAUAUUCUAUAUUCGUUUUGCUCUAUAU